AGCCGAGUACUGAGCCAUGAUGUUUUGUUUUAGGUCUCCCCGUGCUUAACUUUGCAGUUCAAGGAUACUAAACAUAAAUCCCCACUUGUGGCUGACGAUCGAUUGAAGAGCAACAUGCUUCUAAGUUGACACAAACUCAGGCAUUAUGCAGUGAGGGAUUAGCAAACUUGGUUAGUGCUGCCCAGCAAGACUGGCUUCAAUGAUCUAUGCUGAGGGGGAUGAUUUCUUACGCGUGAAGGGAGAAGUACCUCCUUGCAAGCAAAGCUUCAUAAAUUAGGAAUUCGAGAGAACAUUUCGGUGGAUUCAUAUGGCUCGUCAGUGGCUUCGAAAGUCAGAGCUCAACGAUAAGUUAUGGAAGGGAGACAAAGGGGACACUGUACUUGAUACUUCAAUGGCGGGAGUGAGGACAGCGUUGAGCGCUGAGUCUCUUGCCAAAUUCAUCCUCCUGGUUGGGAUCAAUUCCGUCUUUCUUCUUGCGGCGCUGCAUGUGCUCCACUCUAAUCGUGAGUUCGAGAAUCCUGGAGAUCGGAGCAAUUGCAUCACGAGUGACCGCCUCAAUAAUGUGCAUCCGAUAUCAUUGUCGCAAGAUCAAAACAGGCUUAUCAAAACCAGCGAAUCCACCACAAACAAUGAGCUCCAGGAAAAUGUGCGCCAAUUCGACACGUUCGGCGUGGCAGUCUAUCUCUUCAUCAAGAUGUCAGCCUACAGAGAUGGUCCAAGAUCCUUCACAAUCGUUGGGCUCGAGGCGAAGAACCCCGCGGAGCUUUACAAUGAUCCCCCUUACGAGUGCGUCUGGAUUCCAGGCCCCGACUCCGUCGUCUGGGCGCCUUCCAAGGGAUCGACCUUCAAAAUGCUACCUGACACUGGCAAUGUCUAUAGCCGUCUCUACAGCGCCGUGAUCAUCAACUGCACAUUUUCGCAAGAUGUCGGUGUCGACAGAAAAGGCGGCCAGCUUGUGCUCUACGCCAGUUAUGGUGACCAAUUCCCUCGAAAUCCCGAGCGCAUCGUGGCCCUCACAGAAGCACCGGACGAAUUUCUUGGCAUGGAAUACUACGAGUCUCCAGAAAUGAAGUAUGACUACGUCUACUGUGGCUCACCGUUGUUCGGCAACCUGAGUCCUCAAAAGAUCCGUGAAUGGAUAGCAUACCACGCGCAUUUCUUUGGCCCGCGGUCACAUUUCUUCCUCUAUGACGCCGGUGGUAUCCAUGAGGAAGUUCGCCGCGUGAUUGAGCCCUGGAUCAAGGCAGGCCGUGUCACAUUGGACAACAUCCGAGAGCAGGAGAAAUUCGACGGAUACUAUCACAAUCAAUUCUUAGUGGUGAACGAUUGCUUCCACCGCGCCCGGCGCCUUGCGCACUGGCUCUUCUUCUUCGACGUGGACGAGUACAUCUGGGCUCCGCCGAACGACAAUUCCUUAGCGUCCAUCCUCGCGAGAUUCGAGGAUCAAUCUCAGAUCAUCAUCUGGCAGAAGCCUAUGUCGAAGAGCCUGUGCGCGCAGGAUCAAGGGGCGGCGAGCAACGACAGUAGUUUCGCAAGCAAAUGGACAUUUGAGAAGCUCGUGUUCAAGAGCAUCAAGUGGCGGGAGUCUCACGACUGCAAGUACGCUAUCCGUGGCCUGAAGGCUAUGGCGACGGGGAUCCACCGGUCGGGCUACCUCAUCGGCAGCAACGCAACAACAUACGCAGAUCCUUUAAAUUACUACCAUUACCACAACACCAUUAACAAGCGGGAGGAGGUUUGCGAGCAGUUCAUCGACAGUAAUUCGGUGUAUGUCAAUCCGCGCAACCGAACCGACAAGUUUGCCUACGACGACGGAUUGGCAGUCCUCGCGGACCACAUCAAAGAGUUCGAGCUUGACGUCAUUGGACCACAGCCCUUCAUCCUCUAAAUUCCGCCCUCCCUUCCAAGAGCCUCACACGGUUCCAAACUCCGUUUCCUCUCAGAUUGGUCCGAAUUAUCAGUUCGUUAGGCAUGAUCAUCUCAGUUAGCUACGCACGAUCUCAAAACCCUGAAGAAAGCGAUCGCCGCAACCGAGGCAGAGGUCUCGUCCACACUCUCCGAACAUAUGAGAAAACGUGAUUGUCUCGACGCAAUGUAGGCGAUGAAUGAAAUGUUAUCAAGGCCUGUGUGCGCUUCUCCAGGACACGCGAGUCGAGUGUUCCGCUACAAACUCCACCGCUCAUGGACGCUCCGGUGCUUUGAGAGCAGCGAGGGUUGCAAUAGUCGAUGAGCAUCGGAGCCUUCUACUCACAAAGCAGCAAGAACGAUCAACAGAAGUGACACGCUCUUCUAAUCCUAAUUAGCUUCUACUUGGUGCCUUCAUGGCCUCCAAAAGAAACUCGCCACUACCCUAACAUGAAACCAUACAAUUAUGGGCGUCGGUGGAUUCAUGAACGUGUUGAAAUAAUUAUCUUGACUAGUAAUUGGUUCUCAAAGAUUGUGUUUCUGCUUUCGUAUACAUAAACAUGAAUUGAACACAA